ACUUCCUGUAUCCGGCUCCGGCGUGCGUAAGCUCGAGUGUGUUUAGACCUCUUGUUUCUGGGCCCCGCGGUUGGUUCUUCAAGGUCAGAGGUGACCAAAAGUGUGGUGUCUGUGUAGUCUUCCCCGUGCAAACCAUGGUGGGGAGAUCCCGGCGGCGUGGAGCAGCCAAGUGGGCAGCUGUGCGAGCCAACGCAUGUCGUACCCCUGCGGACGAAAAUGAGGAUGAUUUAGGGUCGCCACCCUCACCAGGGGACUCCAGCUACUACCAGGAUCAGGUAGAUGACUUUCACGAGGCGCGAUCGCGGGCUGCAUUGGUUAAGGGCUGGAACGAAGUAGAAAGUGGAGACGAGGAUGGCGAUGAGGAGGAGGUGCUAGCCCUAGAUAUAGACGGUGAAGUUGACGAAGAUGGAGAGAGUACGGGGAAUGAGGAGAAUGGUGCUAGUGAUGAUGAUGGUGAUGGUGGGAGCUCCGUGCAGAGUGAGGCCGAGGCCUCUGUGGAUCCCAGUUUGUCUUGGGGACAGAGAAAAAAACUUUACUAUGACACGGACUAUGGUUCCAAGGCCCAAGGCCGGCAGAGUCAACAAGAAGUGGAGGAGGAGGAAAGAGAAGAAGAAGAGGAGGCACAGGUCAUUCAGCGGCGCCUAGCCCAGGCCCUGCAUGAGGAUGAUUUUGGGGUGGAAUGGGUAGAAGCAUUUGCAAAACCUGUGCCUCAGGUAGAUGAGGCUGAGACACGGGUCGUUAAGGAUUUGGCUAAAAUUUCAGUGAAAGAGAAGCUGAAAAUGUUGCGAAAGGAAUCACCAGAGCUCUUGGAGCUGAUCCAAGACCUUAAAGUCAAGUUGACAGAAUUGAAGGAUGAGCUGGAGCCGUUGUUACAGUUGGUGGAGCAAGGGAUCAUUCCACCCGGAAGAGGAAGCCAGUACUUAACGACCAAGUACAACCUCUACUUGAAUUAUUGCUCCAACAUCAGUUUCUAUUUGAUCCUGAAAGCUAGGAGAGUCCCCGCACAUGGACAUCCUGUCAUAGAAAGGCUUGUUACCUACCGAAAUCUGAUCAACAAACUGUCAAUUGUGGAUCAGAAACUGUCCUCAGAAAUUCGUAGUCUACUCACAUUUAAGGAUGGUGCUGUAAAGAAAGGACAGAAUCUAAAAGCAAAAUCCACCAAAGUCAAACCGAAGUCUGUUUCAAAGACUUCUGCUGCUGCUGCUGCCUCUGCUGUAAGAGAUCUAAUUGAUGAUUCUGAUUUUGACGAAGGGGCUGAACUGCAAUAUUAUAAAGAAAUAGAAGACAGGCAAAAGUUGAAGAGGAAGAAAGAAGAAAAUAGUACUGAAGAACAAGCUCUUCAAGAUCAAAAUGCGAAGAGAGCCAUUACCUAUCAGAUUGCUAAAAAUAGGGGACUUACUCCUCGAAGGAAGAAGAUUGAUCGCAAUCCCAGAGUCAAACACAGGGAGAAGUUCAGAAGAGCCAAAAUUCGAAGAAGAGGCCAGGUUCGAGAAGUUCGUAGAGAACAGCAACGUUACAGUGGUGAAUUAUCUGGCAUUCGUGCUGGAGUUAAAAAGAGCAUUAAACUUAAAUGAAGUGUUUAUACAUAAUUUAAGAGGGAAAGACUGAACAGAGAAAGGGAAAAGCAAGUCGGCAAAAUGUUACAAGGGAGAUUUUAAUUAUGAGUCAACAUGGAUUCUAUGCCAGCAAUUUGCAACCCAAACAAAAAGUUAAUCAAGUAGGAAUCCAGGCUGAAGAAGACUGUACUACUAACUGAAGAUUGUCUUUAUUAGAGAAAUGUUUACUGGAGGAAAUUACUGGAUCAGUAGGCAUUGGUUCAAAUAUUCAAAAUAAAGGAACAGUGUGGCCAAUUACUAGUGAGACGCAGGCACUGCGAAAGCUGUGGUCCUGUAAUUGACACUUGUCAUACAAAUUGUAAGCUGUUUGGUUUAAUAUGAGCCCAUGCGCACCGCUAGAAAACCAGGGAGCAAAGUGAAGGAAACAGUCGAUUUCCACCCAGCGCACAUGACUGAACAAAAGAGGCGGUGGGAUGAAGACACCCACCCAUGGUUUCUCAAAUAAAAAGCUCAUGAAUCAAAACCGUGAAUAAAUGGUUCAAGUUCCCAUGUGUCAAAGUCAAGCACAGCUUAACAUUGUGGGGUGGGUGCCUUUUUAAGAUCAGCUGUCGCUCCUUCAACCUGAGGU